AUGGUCGUGAUCACCGACCAAAACUUCUUGAAAUGGGCACCAAAACUCCGUCAAUCCCUCCUCGAUUGUCAGUUCAUCGCAAUCGACUUCGAGUUCCUCGGCCUCGAUAUGUCGGCCAUUUCCCUCCACGACACCACUGAAAACCGUUACUCGCUGCUCCGCGAGAACGUCAUAAAGUAUCGGCCUUGUCAACUAGGAAUUUCAUUCUUCAAACAAAAUCGGACCGGAGGGUACCUGGCCGAUUGCUACGCGAUUCCGUUGUUUCAGCGGUUCGGAGAAGUGUCCACCAACAUCAAUUUCUCGUCGCUUCGAUUCCUUCGCAAUCACAAGUUCGAUUUAAACGAGGUUUUCACCGAUGGCGUCGAGUACUGCACGAGGGCAGAGUUCAGAAAGUUUGAAAAAGCGCUCAAAAAUGGAAAUGCUUUGAGGUCUGUUUUUGCCUAUUUUGCAAAAAAAACCAUCUAGUUUUCAGACUAAUCGGCAAGGAACUCGGUGGUCAUAUUGAGUUGCUCAAAGUGAUGCUCCACGAGAAGGUCAUGCAGCAUCAACUCCGACGCCAGACGCUCAACACCGAAGAACCACUGCAACAAACGCCAUUGGUGUUGGAUUUAGAGACCUCGGUCAAUCUGAAACUGCCCGGCUGCACCAAAAGCUCACUGGAGAUGUGUUUGACAGUCUACGAACUCACUAAACGCUUUCCACAAUUUCAAUUCACACCGGACGAAAGUAAUGAAGUUCUCACGGUCUCCCCUCUUCCUGAUUCCAUCAACAUCGAGGAAAACGAGAAGAGCACGAGAGUUCAGUGUUUGGAAGCGUUCGAAGGAAUCGCGGCGAUUCUGGAGGCGGCGGUGUGGAUGCGCAAACCGAUUGUCGGACACAAUAGUCUUUUGGAUUUCAUGUACAUGUAUCACUACUUCUUCCAUCGAUUACCCGAAAAAUACGUCAUUUUCAAGGAGAAACUCUUCAAAAUGUUUCCCACAAUCUGCGAUACAAAGUUUUUGGCCCAAUCUCUGCGCGUCGAACUUGUCGGCGUUGGAGAUUCUUUGCAAAAACUCGGCGACUUUUUCGGCAGUGAAAAAUCGGAUGCAAUGGUGCCGCCCGAGUUACGCGGCUUCUGCGAACCCUGGCUGAAUCCGAUGGAGGAGGAGAGCGAACAGGCGUAUCACAAUGCUGGAUUCGACGCCUACGUUACCGGGGAGGUCUUUUUGAAGAUGGCACACAUUUUUAUCAAUAGAGGGUUAGUACAUUUUUCUAAAAAUCAGACCAGUACACAUUGUGAUGUUCAGAGAAAAGAAGAAAAACGAGGUCUGCAAAUUUAAACGAAUGCUACAAAUCCUGAGAACAUCCAUUCUCAGCCGUCUCCCGUUCCAACUUCUCGACAUUGGCUCCUGCCAUCUCGGCGCCGAAGAUACAAAAGGAUCCCGUCCGGACGUGAUCAACGUCGUCCGCACCGAUCGACAACAGAUUGAGCCGCACGAAUUUUUGCGCGAAGAAGAGAGCCUUGCGCACUUGAUGGUACAAUAUCAGUUCGAUAUGGAACUUUCGAAAGACAAUAAGACUUUGCUUUUGGCCACAAAUACCGCAGGUUCGUACGCGUUUCUCUGUGAAAGAUACUCGAAACAAGAGAACGGACUUGUGCUGCUGGACGAGCUCGAAGCGGGAGUCAAGUGGACGUUCGAGCAGAGACAAACCUCGUGGAGAAGCCACAAAAAUGCAGAGAAUGGACUCAUCGGCCACAUUCAAAGGUAUCACCCCUACAAUAUUGCGAAUUUUUUUGCGAACUCUUCACUCUUCUGUCGGGGUCGUUGUUCGAUUGAAACUCAAAAAUGUGCAUGGAUUUAAAAAUUCCUUUAAAUUUCCAACUAUUCUCAAAAUGCUCAAAAUUAUUGUUUCCGGAGAAAAUACAAUAGUAACUUUUACGCGUUUUUCAGACGUUGGUCCCGUUAUCAAGUCGCGCGAAUGGAUCAAGUGCUUUCCGAUUAA